GGAGGCCGCCAGGCUCCACAGGGGGCACAAUGGACAAAUUCCGGAUGAUCUUCCAGUUCCUGCAGUCCAACCAGGAGUCCUUCAUGAACGGCAUCUGCGGCAUCAUGGCCCUGGCCAGCGCCCAGAUGUACUCCGCCUUCGAUUUCAGCUGCCCCUGCCUGCCGGGCUACAAUGAGGCCUACAGUGCUGGCAUCCUGCUGGCGCCCCCCCUCGUGCUCUUCCUGCUCGGCCUGGUGGUGAACAACAACGUGUCCAUGCUGGCUGAGGAGUGGAAGCGGCCCCCGGGCCGCCGGACCAAGGACCCCGCCGUGCUGCGGUACAUGCUCUGCUCCAUGGCCCAGCGCGCCCUCAUCGCGCCCAUCGUCUGGGUGGCCGUCACGCUGCUGGAUGGCAAAUGCUUCCUCUGCGCCUUCUGCACUGCUGUGCCCGUGACGGUGCUGGGCAACGGCAGCCUGGCCCCUGGUCUCUCUGCGCCCGAGCUCGCCCGCCUGCUGGCCCGGGUGCCCUGCCCUGACAUCUAUGAUGGCGACUGGUUGCUGGCCCGCGACGUGGCUGUGCGUUACCUGCGCUGCAUCUCCCAGGCCCUGGGCUGGUCCUUCGUGCUGCUGACCACACUGCUGGCAUUCGUCGUGCGCUCUGUGCGGCCCUGCUUCACCCAGGCCGCCUUCCUCCAAAGCAAGUACUGGGCCCACUAUAUCAACAUCGAGCGCAAGCUCUUCGAUGAGACGUGCACAGAGCACGCCAAGGCCUUCGCCAAGGUCUGCAUCCAGCAGUUCUUCGAGGCCAUGAACCACGACCUGGAGCUGGGUCACGCCCACGGGGCAGCGGCCACAGCCCCUGCUGGCUCGGCUGCCCCCGAGACCACGGACGGGGCUGAGGAGGAGAGGGAGAAGCUGCGAGGCAUCACGGAUCGAGGCACCAUGAACAGGCUGCUGGCGAGCUGGCACAAAUGCAAGCCGCCCUUGCGGCUGGGCCAGGAGGAGCCCCUGCUGGGCAACGGUUGGGCGGGGGGCGGGCCCCGGGCUCCACGCAAGGAGGUAGCCACCUACUUCAGCAGAGUGUGAGCUGGGAUGGAAGAGUGAAGCCUGCCGGUGCCACAGCACAAACUCCUGGAGCAGACCCACAUGCCCAGGUGCUCACCUGCCCAUUAAGGCAGGAAAUUUGGGAGCUAGAAGGGAACAUCAGUGCCCCAGCUGCGACACAGCAGUAUUAGUCAGAAGGGCUCAGAAUUGGCUGGGGGGGGUGUGGGUGGACAAGCUCCCACCUGCCCAGCCCCCUCUCCAGCCAGUUCAUCUCUACUUCACUGUCUCCUCUCGGGUCCCAUGGCCACCCUCGCUGUGAAUUUUUAUGAUCUCUGCUCCCUUAUGCUCAAGGCUCAGGGAGUGGGUGGGUGUCCGUCUGUCUCACAAAGCAGGAACCCUCUGAUUUGGGUCCAUCUCCUGAAUGAGGCUGUAGGUGGGCCAUGAGGACAUGGCCCCCAGCCUCACUUGAUGUAACACACCUGCGGUGGCAGGAGAGGAGAUGACAUGCCAGAAGUUAGGUCUACUCAGCAGCAGCCAGAGCGUGUGGUCACAUGGAGGCCACCCAACACCUGUCAAGUGGACUGUACAUUUAUUCAGUCCCGAGCACGAGAGUCUUCCUGUCUUAGCCUUGUGAAGCUGCUACAGCAGAACACCACAGACUGAGUCGCUUAGAAACAACAAAACUUGACUUCUCCCAGUUCUGGAGGCGGGAGGUCCAAGAUCAUGGGCCUGUCAUGGUCACGUUCUGACAGAGGCCCUCUUCCUGGUUCAAAGUCAGGGCCUUCUCGCCAUGUCCUCACAGGUAGAAUGGGCAGGAGGGCUCCCUGGAGCCUCUUUUCCAGGCACUGAUCCCAUUCAUGAAGCUCUGCCCUCCUGACUUAAGCACUUCCCAAAGGCCCCACCCCCUCAUGCCAUCCCCUUGGGGAGUUAAGAUUCAGCACAUGAAUCUGGGGGGACACAUUCAGACCACACCAUCCUCCCUUGGAAGGCUCCUUGGAGACCACCUGAAUGCCUCCUUCACAUCCAAGUCUCAGGGAAAUCGGACCUCCCCAGAGCUUGGGCACUUAGAAAAGAAACUGGUAUCUUUCCAUUUUCUCAAAACCCCUACCCUUGGGGAGGGGGCUCCAGAGUGCUAAGAGGCUUUGGCCUGAGGUAGGGAUGAGGGUGGAGGGGUGGGGUUGGGGAGCUGCCUAGAGUAGAAAUAGCUCAGACUCCAGAGCGAGAGAGAAUUGGGUCAAAGGCUGGCUCUACCACUACCACUUACAGUGUCCCUCAGGCCAAUUGUUUCCUUUUCUGUGCCUCAGUUUCCUUAUCUAUAUAAUGGGGAUGAGGGCACCUACCUGACGGUGUUGUAAUCAGGAAACAGGCGAAGCAUGUGAAGCUCGUGGGACAAAACAGGCCCUAGGUACAUGGUGGUUAAUGUAAUGUAGAUUCCUACAACAUUGCUUUUCAUGAUUUCCCUUCUUCCCAUCUAUUCUUCCCUCCAUUCCCACUUCUGAGACCUGGUCUGCAUUCCUUUCAUUAUUUGGGAGAAGGAUGAACCUUGUAGGCCCAGGAGGCUGAUGGAGAGGCUGGAGGGCUCCUCUGAGGGUGGGACUUCAUCUAGGCCCUGAAUGAGGACAGGGUUCAAAGGCAUAGAGACCAGGUCUAUGUUGGUGGGUGGGGAGGGGCUUCCAGUGGGAAAAGGCAGUCCAGGAUAUCAUGAGGUACAAAUGUCAAAGAAAGAACAAAGGUUUGGGUCAAGCAGUUUGGGGUUUAAGAACUAGAGCAGUAAGACCUCACCAAAUCCCUCUAAACCUCAGUGUGUCUAUCUGUAAGAUAGAACUUUAAAAAAGGACCCACUUUUCACAAGUAUGGUGAGAAUAAAAAGGGUAACUUUGGAGGGAGA